GAGAGAAGGAGACGCAGAAUCUGAAACAAGGCUCCAGGCUCUGAGCUGUGAGCACAGACACGGACGCGGGGCUCGAACGGGAGCCGAGCGAGCGGCGACAGAACCUGCUCUUCUCCAUCCGCUUGGCCCCAAGACAUGUGGCUCCGCCCCACCAGCUGCUCAGGCUCCGUUUGCUUUUGACUCAAGAUGAUUUGAUGUCUUAUCAACCCCCCUGACCAUGAUGGCGACGCAGACCUUGAACAUAGACAGCUACCAAGACGGACAGCAAAUGCAAGUGGUAACAGAGUUAAAAACGGAGCAAGAUCCCAACUGCUCUGAACCGGAUGUGGGAGGAGUGAGCCCUCCCCCCGCGGGCUCCCAGAUGCCAAUGGACGCAGACAAGCAGGCCAUUUACAGGCAUCCGCUGUUUCCAUUAUUAGCUUUGUUGUUUGAAAAGUGCGAACAGUCUACGCAGGGCUCAGAAGGCACAACCUCCGCCAGCUUUGACGUGGACAUCGAGAACUUCGUGCGGAAGCAAGAGAAAGAAGGGAAACCCUUCUUCUGUGAGGACCCGGAAACUGACAAUUUAAUGGUGAAAGCAAUCCAGGUUUUGCGCAUUCAUCUUCUUGAGCUGGAAAAGGUGAAUGAGCUCUGCAAAGACUUCUGCAGUCGGUAUAUCGCUUGUCUGAAAACGAAGAUGAACAGCGAGACGCUCCUGAGCGGAGAGCCCGGGAGCCCGUACUCCCCCGUCCAGUCCCAGCAGAUCCAGAGCGCCAUCCCGGGCGCCCUCAGCCCCCAGGGAAUCGUGGUGCCCGCCUCCGCGCUGCAGCAGGGCAGCGUCACCAUGGCAACGGUGGCAGGUGGCACAGUGUACCAGCCUGUCACGGUCGUCACUCCUCAAGGCCAGGUGGUGACCCAAGCACUGUCGCCCGGCACCAUCAGGAUCCAGAACUCCCAGCUUCAGUUACAGCUCAACCAAGAUCUCAGCAUCUUGCAUCAAGACGACGGCUCAUCUAAGAAUAAACGGGGCGUUUUGCCGAAGCACGCCACCAACGUGAUGCGGUCCUGGCUCUUCCAGCACAUAGGGCACCCCUACCCGACCGAGGACGAGAAGAAGCAGAUCGCCGCUCAGACAAAUCUGACACUCCUCCAAGUCAACAACUGGUUCAUCAACGCCAGAAGACGGAUUCUUCAGCCCAUGUUGGAUUCUAGUUGCUCAGAAACUCCAAAAACUAAGAAGAAAACUGCUCAGAACAGACCGGUCCAAAGGUUUUGGCCCGACUCCAUCGCCUCCGGAGCUGCCCAGCAGCCGCCCAGUGAGCUGGCCAUGUCAGAAGGAGCCGUCGUGACGAUCGCCACGCCCGUGAGCAUGAACGUGGACAGCCUCCAGUCCCUGUCCUCGGACGGCGCCACCCUGGCGGUGCAGCAGGUCAUGAUGGCGGAGCAGAGCGAGGACGAGUCCGUGGACAGCACGGGCGACAGCGGCACCGCGCUCGCCCCCGCGCACCUCCGCGGGCUGGUGCUGGAGAACAGUGACUCGCUGCAGUAGGGCGGCGCGGCCCGGCCGGGGGCGGGGGCCUGGCCCUCGGCGUUUGCACAGCAAACCUUUUACACACUCUGACUUCUGACAGGUUUUAUAUGUAGACGGAGACGAGUGCA